UGUUAAACCCGGAGAGCGCAGCGGCUCUGAGCCCACAGCGGAGCACACUUCCCUCAAUACAUGACACGCCGCGUCCCGCUGCAGGAAAACCACCCCGGGGAAUUUACAUCUUGCUGCCGGACAAGUGGCUGCAGGUCCAGUCCGUCUGCUUUGCUGGAGAGGAGCGACCCAGACACGGCACUACCAGGAACAGCCUCCUGCAGCCUGACUGAAGAUGUCUGAUAAUGGGGAGGUCGAGGACAAGCCUCCAGCUCCGCCCAUGAGAAACACCAGCACCAUGAUCGGCUCCUGCAACAAGGACCCGGCCCCCCUGAACCACGGCUCCAAGCCGCUCCCGCCCAACCCCGAGGACAAGAAGAAGAAGGACCGCUCCAUUCGCUUCAUCCUGACCGGAGGAGGGGAUAAGACCUACAAGAAGAAGGAGCGUCCAGAGAUUUCUCUGCCGUCUGACUUCGAGCACACCAUCCACGUCGGCUUUGAUGCCGUGACCGGGGAGUUUACUGGCAUGCCGGAGCAGUGGGCUCGGCUCCUGCAGACCUCCAACAUCACCAAGCUGGAGCAGAAGAAGAACCCGCAGGCCGUUCUCGACGUUCUAAAGUUCUACGACUCAAAAGAAACGACCAACAGCCAGAAAUACAUGAGCUUUACAGAUAAAAAUGCAGAUGUCUACAGCUCCUCCACCACAACGAGCACCAAGGCUGUUUUGGAGACGCCCGCCAUAGCAACCGUAUCCGAGGAUGAAGAUGAAGACGAGGCUGAGCCCCCACCGGUGAUCGCCCCCCGCCCAGAACACACCAAAUCAAUAUACACUCGGUCAGUGAUCGAACCCCUCCCUCCUCCUCCGACCAAAGAUGCAGCCACCUCCCCCAUCUCCCCGCCGACAGCCUCCGCCGCCGCCUCGGCCUCCACCCCCGCCGCCCCCGCCCCCCCUGCGGAGGCGGCUCCCAGCAGCCCCCCCAGUGCCAGCCCCGCCCCUGGUCCCUCUCUGCCCCAGCCACAAGACAAAACCCGGAAGAAGAAGAUGUCGGAUGAGGAGAUCCUGGAGAAGCUGCGGACGAUUGUUAGCGUGGGAGACCCCAAGAAGAAAUACACGCGCUUUGAGAAGAUCGGACAAGGGGCCUCUGGUACGGUGUACACAGCUAUUGACAUCGCCACAGGACAGGAGGUUGCCAUCAAACAGAUGAACCUGCAGCAGCAGCCGAAGAAAGAGCUCAUCAUCAACGAGAUUCUGGUGAUGAGGGAAAACAAGAACCCCAACAUCGUCAACUACCUGGACAGUUACCUGGUGGGCGACGAGCUCUGGGUGGUGAUGGAGUACCUGGCUGGAGGUUCGCUGACUGAUGUUGUGACAGAAACCUGCAUGGAUGAAGCUCAGAUCGCUGCCGUGUGCAGAGAGUGUCUUCAGGCGUUGGAGUUCCUCCACUCGAACCAGGUCAUCCAUCGAGACAUCAAGAGCGACAACAUCCUGCUGGGAAUGGACGGCUCCGUCAAGCUCACCGACUUCGGGUUCUGCGCUCAGAUCACUCCGGAGCAGAGCAAACGCAGCACCAUGGUGGGGACUCCGUACUGGAUGGCCCCGGAGGUGGUGACCCGCAAAGCCUACGGCCCCAAAGUGGACAUCUGGUCUCUGGGCAUCAUGGCCAUCGAGAUGGUGGAGGGGGAGCCGCCGUACCUCAAUGAGAAUCCGCUCAGGGCGCUGUAUCUCAUUGCAACCAACGGGACGCCAGAGCUGCAGAACCCGGAGAAGCUUUCGACGACAUUCAGAGACUUCCUGAACCGAUGUCUGGAGAUGGAUGUGGAGAAGAGAGGAUCUGCUAAAGACCUGCUGCAGCACCAGUUCCUGAAGAUGGCGAAGCCUCUGUCCAGCCUGACUCCUCUCAUCCUGGCAGCCAAGGAGGCCACCAAGAACAACCGCUAGCGCGCUUUGCACUCGUCGUCUCUCUGUCCCCGCGUGUGUCGUCCCCCCCGGGUCGGUGGUGACGGCUGCUGGCGGGGGUCACAAGCCCUCCGGAGGCCUUCAGUCAUCCUCUCCCCUCCUCCUCUCCGUGUAACUCUCCCCGCGACUGUCCCUUCCCCCCCCCCACCCCCGGCUCUGCCGCGGCACCUCCAACACCUGCUCACAUCACAGGAA